CCUCGUCCCACUCCCUCAUCAUCAACCAUGCAUCUCAUCCGAUCAUUCCUACCAUUACUCACUCUCAUUUUCUCUCUCCCAUCUCUUUCCCUCUCCUCCCCCGACUUCAAACCCGUCGAAUGGUGGUGCCACAACACUCCCCACCCAGGGGCCUGCCGCUACUAUCUGGCCUACCCCAAACCCCCAGAACAACCCAAGGACGAAGACCAAUUCUUCAAGCUCCACCUCCAGGUCACCUACGACCUCACCGCCCGCGCCGUGAGCCACCUCGGCAGCCUCGGACGUCGGUGCGGCACGAAGCCCGAGAAGAAGGCCUGGGUCGACUGCUGGAAGCUCUACGGCAACACCGUCCUCCAGCUCAACCGCACCCUCCACCACCCCAAGUCCACCUUCACCGCCCUCGACUCCCAGACCUGGCUCAGUGCCAGCCUCACAAACCUCGAGACCUGCCGCAAGGGCUUCUCUGACCUGGGCGCCUCCACAGAGAUCAUCCACCCAGUCAUGCACUACAACCUCUCCGACCUCAUCAGCAACUGCCUCGCCAUCAACCAGCCCAAUGCCACCACCAAAAGCACCGCCACCCUCGACGCCCCGAGCUUCACAACGACCGCCAACCGGAAGCUACUACAACUUUCAUCUCGGCCCAAUUUCAUCGUGGCACAAGACGGCUCCGGCAACUUCCGGACUAUCCAAGGGGCUCUUGAUGCCGCUACGGCGUUGCGGUCUAGCACAACGAGCGGGGGCAGGAUAGUGAUUCAAGUGAAGGCGGGAGUGUAUAAUGAGCACUUACAGGUACUGAGCAGUCUGAGUGAUCUCACCAUGGUCGGCGAUGGCAAGGGGAAGACAAUAAUUACCGGGAGCCGGAGCGUGGCUUCAGGCUUCACCACCUUUAGCUCCGCAACUUUCAGUGUGUUUGGCGAUGGAUUUAUAGCUAGAGACAUCACAUUUCGCAACACAUUCGGUCCAGGAUCUCAAGCAGUGGCGCUGUUAUCAGGAUCCGAUCGAUCGGUAUUUUAUCGAUGCAGCAUCGAAGGAUACCAAGACACUCUCUGUGUCUUCACUCAGAGGCAAUUCUACCGAGAAUGCGACAUCUACGGCACCGUCGACUUCAUCUUCGGCAACGCGGCGGUGGUGCUCCAGAACUGCAACAUUUUCGCCAGAAGGCCACGGCAGGGCGAGGCAAACGUGAUCACUGCACAGGGCCGGACCGACCCGAACCAAAACACCGGCAUCGUGAUCCACUCCUCCACCAUCAGCCCGGCGGCCGAACUCCUGGCGGUGCGCGGAACGGUCAGCUCAUACCUCGGCCGGCCAUGGCAGCAAUACUCGAGGACUGUGUACCUCCGGAACUCCAUCGAUAGCAUCAUCGAUCCAGCCGGGUGGCUGCCGUUCAACGGCAAUUUUGCAUUGAAUACACUGUACUAUGCCGAGUUCGGGAACACCGGGCCGGGGUCGACGCUGUCGGGGCGAGUGAGGUGGCUGGGGUACCACGUGAUCUCGCGGCCGGCGUUGGUGAGGCAGUUCAGUGUGGGGCGGUUCAUAGCCGGCAGGCAGUGGAUACCGUCGACCGGCGUGCCGUUUAAUGCACUUAUUUGAUUAUAACAAGUCUAGACGGCGAUAGCUAUUAGUUUAUAGCUAGGAAAGUUGGCAGCGUUGAACUGGAGAUUAGUGAAAGGAGACUUCCUCCUCUCAUCAUUCAUAGUUU